ACUGAGGCAGGCUGAGUUAAUCAGCACACUGGUGCUUCACUCUGCUGCUUCUGCCUCCUUCUCUGCGGCGCUGGGCUCUGCACAAGCUUGCUCCCUCUCCCUCUUUGCUCUCUCAUUUCUGGAGAGCAGCAGCAGUGCAAGUUGCUGGGGAAGUGGUGCAGGAAUUUAGCCCAGAUGCUCUUCAAGCAGGCUGAUCUCUGGAUCCCCCAGCAAGGCAAAUGUCGCAAAGAUGAGAUGACCUCAAGUUUGGGCCUGACCACAAAGAAAGCCCUCACGAUCCUGAGAGACCAAUUGUCAGCACUGCUGGAGGGGCAUCAGAAGGAACGGAAAAAAGGGACUUCAUGGAAGGAGGUGUGGAGGAGCAGUUUCCUGUACCAUGGUAACCGCUGCUCCUGCUUCCACUGGCCUGGUGCCUCUCUGAUGCUGCUGGCAGGGCUGCUGCUGCUGUGCUGCUAUGGGAGCCAGCCACAGGGGAGCCAAGGUGCUGAGAUAGUCAAUGCACUGGCACUGUUCCUCCUGCUCCUCUUGGAUCUCCUCAUGAUCGGGCGUCAGGAGAGGCUGAAGUGCAGAGAGGUGGAGAGGAGGCUUCAGACCAUCGUUGAGAAGAUAAACGAUACACUUGGCAAAGAGGUGAAAUGGCCAGACUCCAUGUACCCUGACCUUCACAUGCCUUAUGCCCCAUCCUGGUCCCUUCACUGGGCCUACAGGGAUGGGCAUCUUGUCAACCUGCCCGUGAGCCUCUUGGUGGAAGGAGAUGUUGUGGCUUUGAGGCCAGGCCAGGAAUCAUUUGCUUCUCUGAGAGGGAUUAAGGAUGAUGAGCACAUAGUUCUGGAGCCUGGAGAUCUAUUUCCACCCUUCUCACCCCCGCCCUCCCCGAGGGGAGAAGUGAAGAAGGGACCUCAGAAUCCUCAGCUCUAUCGUCUCUUCCGUGUGUUGAAGACCCCAAUAAUUGAUAAUGUCAGGUGGUGCCUGGAAAUGGCUCUGUCACGGCCUGUGACAGCCCUGGAUAAUGAGAGGUUCACUGUACAGUCAGUGAUGCUGAAAUAUGCUGUCCCUAUCGUGCUGGCUGGAUUCCUGAUCACCAAUGCCGUGCGCUUCAUUUUCCACGCUCCUGGAAUUGCCUCCUGGCAGUACACUCUUCUUCAGCUGCAGGUGAAUGGUGUCUUACCCAUCCUUCCAUUGCUCUUUCCUGUCCUGUGGGUUCUUGCUACAGCCUUUGGAGAAGCCAGAGUGUUGGCCCAGAUGAGCAAGGCCUCCUCCUCCUCACUGCUUGCUAAGUUUUCAGAGGACACUCUCAGCAGCUACACAGAGAUGGUAUCUUCUCAGGAAAUGAUCCGCUGUAUCUGGAGCCACUUCCUCUGUGUUGUAAAAGGCAAAUCCCCAACUCUGAGCUUCACUUCCAGCUUGCUCCACAGUCUGGGAUCUGUCACUGUGCUCUGCUGUGUAGACAAGCAGGGGAUUCUUUCCUGGCCAAACCCCAGCCCAGAGACUGUUCUGUUCUUCAGUGGGAAGGUGGAACCACCUCAUGACAGCCACGAAGACCUGACUGACGAGCUCUCCACAAGGUCCUUCUGCCAUCCUGAGAUGGAAGAUGAGCCCCAUGAAAGAGAUGCUUUGCUCUCUGGCCCCCUGGCAGACACAGUGCACAUGGCCAAUGAGCAGGAGAGGAACAACUGGUCUGGUGAUGCUCCAAAGGCUCCUGAAGCCUCUGCCCACCGAAAGCCAAGCAGCAGAAGCAAACAUCCCUCUGGAUCCAAUGUGAGCUUUAGCAAGGACACAGAGGGUGGAGAGGAGGAGCAUACUCAGGUUGUUGGGGACAGCGAGGUGUUGGCUUGUGAGGCUGAAGACUUUGUGUGUGACUACCACCUGGAGAUGCUCAGCCUGUCCCAGGACCAGCAGAACCCCUCCUGCAUCCAGUUUGAUGACUCCAACUGGCACAUGCACCUGAAUUCCCUCAAGCCCCUGGGCCUGAACGUGCUGCUCAACCUGUGCAACGCCGGCGUGACCGAGCGGCUGUGCCGCUUCUCCGACCACCUGUGCAACAUCGCCCUGCAGGAGACCCACAAUGCUGUGCUGCCUGUCCACGUGCCCUGGGGCCUCUGUGAGCUUGCCAGGCUGAUAGGUUUCACACCAGGUGCUAAAGAUCUCUUCAAGCAGGAGAACUAUUUGGCUUUGUACCGCCUGCCAAGUGAUGAGAUGGUGAAGGAAACCAUCCUGGGGAAGCUUUCAUCCAUCACCAAGAGGAGACCCCCCCUGAGCCACAUGAUUAACCUGUUUGUGAAGGACACCACUACCAGCACUGAGCAGAUGUUUUCUCAUGGGACAGCUGACAUCAUCCUUGAGGCCUGCACUGACUUUUGGGAUGGUACUGACAUCUACCCCCUCUCUGGCUCUGACAGGAAGAAGGUGCUGGAUUUCUACCAGCGAGCCUGCCUGUCAGGAUACUGCUCUGCCUUUGCCUACAAGCCCAUGCAGUGUGCCCUGUCCUCCCAGCUGAACGGGAAGUGCAUCGAGCUGGUGCAGGUGCCAGGGCAGAGCGCCAUCUUCACCUGCUGCGACCUCCCGGGCACCACGCCCAUCAAACAGAGCAGCCGCAGGAACAGCUGGAGCUCGGAUGAAGGGAUUGGGGAAGUGAUGGAGAAGGAGGACUGUAUCCAGGCUCUGAGUGGACAGAUCUUCAUGGGAAUGGUCUCAUCUCAGUAUCAGGCCCGCCUUGACAUUGUCCGCCUCAUUGAUGGAUUGGUCAAUGCCUGCAUUCGUUUUGUCUACUUCUCCCUGGAAGAUGAGCUCAAAAGCAAGGUGUUUGCUGAGAAAAUGGGUCUGGAGACUGGCUGGAAUUGCCACAUAUCCUUAACACCCAACGGUGAUGUGCCUGGCUCAGAGAUCCCCCCAUCCAGCCCCAGCCAUGCUGGCUCCCUGCACGAUGACCUCCAUCAGGUUUCCCGAGAUGAUGUGGAGGGGCUUCUGCUGAUGGAGGAGGAAGGGCACUCGGAUCUCAUCAGCUUCCAGCCAACAGACAGUGACAUCCCCAGCUUCCUGGAGGACUGCAACAGGGCCAAACUCCCCCGGGGGAUCCACCAGGUGAGACCUCACCUCCAGAACAUUGACAACGUGCCUUUGCUGGUGCCCCUGUUCACAGACUGCACCCCAGAGACCAUGUGUGAGAUGAUCAAGAUCAUGCAGGAGUAUGGGGAGGUGACCUGCUGCCUGGGCAGCUCUGCCAACCUGCGGAACAGCUGCCUCUUCCUGCAGAGUGACAUCAGUAUAGCCCUGGACCCUCUGUACCCAUCCCGCUGCUCCUGGGAGACCUUUGGCUAUGCCACCAGCACCAGCCUGAGCGAUGGCUCUGAGGAGCUGACCCCUCUGCAGCUCUCAGGGCAGCUCAACAGCCUGCCCUGCUCCAUGUCCUUCCGCCAGGAGGAGAGCACCAGCAUCAUCAGGCUCAUAGAGCAGGCCCGGCACGCAACCUACGGCAUCCGCAAGUGUUUCCUCUUCCUGCUGCAGUGCCAGCUGACCUUGGUUGUCAUUCAGUUCCUCUCCUGCCUGGUGCAGCUGCCCCCCAUCCUCAGCACCACAGACAUCGUGUGGCUCUCCUGUUUCUGCUACCCCCUGCUCAGUAUCUCACUCCUGGGCAAGCCUCCCCACAGCUCCAUCAUGACCAUGGCAACAGGAAAAAACUUGACUUCCAUUCCCAAGAAGACUCAGCACUACUUCCUGCUCUGCUUCCUGCUGAAGUUCAGCCUGACCAUCUGCUCCUGCCUCAUCUGCUUCGGGUUCACCCUGCACGAGUCCUGCAGAGGGGUGAACACCACCAGCCUCAACCUCACAGCCUGCUCCUCCAUCAUGCUGCACAGCAAUGCUUAUGGUGCUCCUGACUGGUUUGGGACAUUUUCCAAUGCUCUCCUGGUAGCCCAGAAGCUCACAGCUGGCCUGAUUGUUUUGCACACAGUGUUCAUAUCCAUCACCCACGUGCAUCGCACCAAGCCCCUGUGGAAGAAGAGCCCCCUGUCCAACCGCUGGUGGACGCUCACUGUGGCUGUUGUAGUGCUGGGGCAAGUGGCACAAACUGUGCUGGACCUGAAACUCUGGGAAAACCUCAACUCUUCUUUGACCUUUAGCCACGUCUCCAUCUCUCCGGUCGCGUGGCUCCUGGGUUUUCUUUCCUUGGUCCUUGUGGUUAUCAUCAAUGAGAUUGUCAAGCUGCAUGAAAUCAGGGUCCGUGUCCGUUACCAAAAGAGGCAGAAGUUGCAGUUUGAAACCAAGUUGGGGAUGAAUUCGCCAUUUUAAAAGCACCCAGCUCAAGUUCCCUGGAGCCAGGGCCAAACAGCCCCUGGGAGAGUGGCUGCACCAAAGGCUCAGGGAAUUUUCCAUCACACAUGCAAACCAGACAGCCUCCUGGCAAAACUACACCUGCACCUUCCCAGGGCCCAGGCAGGGAUCCCCCCACAGGUAUGCAGCCCCCUCCCAGCCUACCAGGUACCCUCACAGGAACCUGCAAGCUCUGGUGCCUGUUCAGGCUGCUCUUCCUUUAUUUAUUUAUUACUGGAGGUAUUUGUUAGUAUCAUGGCGAUGCUAAAAUGAA